CGUUGACGAAGGGGUUGCCGAUGCGAGUCAGAUCAGCUCUUGGUUCGUUGUCGUCAGUAUGCAGACGGCCUCCUUUACAGCAUCGAACAACCUGGCAAGUCUGAGUCAGGCGGCGAGCUACCGGAAGCUGCCGUGUGCAGAUGAUCGGCUGCCGAGGCGGGGCAGCCAGAUAAGCUCGCGCCGAUCAUCCAGUGGUACAUUCACUCAGUCACUCCCUCUCCUCCCUCCAUCCUGACUGUACCGGGGUGGUACUUCGAUCUCAUCACUUUCGCGUCCUAUUGUGUGCGACGAAAGGAUGUCUCUCCUCUCACCACACCUCCGCCUCACUCCCCUCCUCUCCACCACCCGCCGCACCUUCUCCACAACCCCGCACCCCCACGCCAGCAUCCUCUUCGCCCUCAAUGCCCUCUCCAACUCCCGCGAAACACAGCACUUCAACAAACUCUCCAACCUCCACCGCAUCGAACACUCCCCACCACUAAAGCUCAUCAAAACAUCGGAGAUUGAUCCCUACCCGCUACCUACCCCACCUCCACCCACCCCGCGGUCUCAACCCCGCGUCAGCGCCCGCUCUGCAGCGGCAAUAUGGGACAACCGAGCGCUCCGCCUCGGACGAGCCAUGAUCGCAGACCAUACACGACAGGUUCGCCACUUACAACACGCUCUGGCUCAGGCGAAACAGCGUGAACAGAAGAAGGACGAGGUGGCACGGAAGUCGCAGCAGGUCUGGCAGGAAGAAGCACGGAAGCUGCGGGGGGAGGUGCGGUCGGCGGGUGUGUUCAUCUUACUGUCGAUCGGUACGGCCACGGCGCUGGCGAUAUGGCGGUUCGCGCCCGCGCCAAGGCCGGUGGAUUCUGCCGAGCUGAGCAGGAAGAUCACGGAGAGGGCGCAGCGGAGCAUAUCGUUGCCUUCUUUGUCGGUGUCAAUUCCGGCGGUGGGCGGUGCGGCGUCUUCGGAGGUUGUGCCUGCUGCGACCGCGACGGUAGUGGAGCCGGUACCUGCGAUUGCAGCUCCGACUCCGACUCCACCUCCUCCGGCGGUGAGCACUGAGUCUAAGGCGGGCUGGUGGAAGGGCCUUUUCUGGCGGCAGGAAUGAUAAUUCAUGCGAAACGACGCUCUGUGCAUGAGUAUGGGGGGACGGCGUACUUGCAGGGUUCGACUUCGCUGGCGUUUGACUUUCUGCGCAUAUGAUAAUGGAGUACAUUUCGUUGUAGGAUGCAGUAUCCGCCUGUUC